AAUGAUAAACAAAAUGUUAUUUGCGUACGUCUUACCAUAACAUCUAUAACCACGUUAAUCUAAACCAAACAAUACACUUUAUGCAAUUCUAUGAAAUUAUUCAAAAGCAGUUGCGUAUAGUUCUGAAAAAGCUGUAUAAUGUUUCAUUCAUUUUUAAAGUGGCCAAUUCUGUUUUGGAACAUAACCAGCAUUAAUUCUAACGAUACAUAUUACAACAAGUGGCAAGUAAUUUAUUCAAUUUUACUUAUGACAUCAUGUAUUUAUAAUUUCUAUAUUACACCUAAAACUGUAUGUGUGUUAGAAGGGAAUUGCGAUCAUUCUUUAUCCACAGAAAUAAAAGGGAUCUUUAUCAGAAUAGUUGCUAUAUCUUGUUUGAUAUCAAGAUUGAUGAUAUUUAUAAAAGGUAAAACCCAACUAAUACAGUAUGAAAAAUAUGUUGAAAAAAUGCACGUAAUAACGCCAAUGACUAAUUCUGAAAUUCAAAUUUUGAAAAAAAUAUCAACACUUCUCAUUAUAUGUUGUAUAUUACUAACAAUACCACCCAAUAGCCUAAGAGUAUGGGAUCUGUCUUUUAGGUCAGAUUUUACAAUGUUUGUAUACAUUUUCAUGUAUAUUCAGAACUUAAGUAUGUACUUUGUAGAAACUCAUUUCGUCACAUUGUGUUUCAUUCUCUAUCAAAAAUUGGUUGGCAUUAACAAAGAUUUAAUGGCACUUAAAAUUGACACGGUUAUACGAAACAAUUAUCCGUUCAUGACACAAACUCAAGAAAAGUACGGUAAAAUAAACAACACUUUGGAUUACAAUAAAGACAUUUUGCAUUCGCUGGCUACUGGUCAUCCAAUGACUGACAUUGUCGAGCAAUUGAAAUCAAAACACAAAUUAGUGCGUGAUGCAGUUAGAACUCUUAACGAUUUGUUCGGUGUCCACAUGGGAUUAUCCAUAUGUGUGUUAUGCCUAUGCACCAUGUUCGAUAUUUAUUAUUUUAUUAUAGGAAUACUGUCUUUAUCCAAUUAUAAAAGAAUAUUCUAUCUCUGGAUCUUACAAUACACCGUUCGAUUUGGAUCUAUUACGAUUAUAUCACACUUAACAACGAAACAGGCAAACAAAUCUAAAAUACUCAUUACGGAUAUAAACAAUCGGUAUUUAGAUUAUAAUAUAAAAGAUGAGUUACUACUAUUCUUUGAUCAAAUGUGCAAUAGUGAAUUUGAAUUUACAGCUUGUGAUUUCUUCAGUUUAAAUAGUCGUCUAAUAACAUCUACAGUUGCAGCAGGCACUUCAUACCUUAUUAUACUAUUACAACUUCAUUACAUAAAACAAUAAUUGUUAAAAAUUUCUUUUGCG